AAUUCAAUUUUUUACACGAAUUGAUCAAGAUGUUCAACUUAUACCUUCUGUCUGUCAUUGGAUUAGUUUGCCUCGGGGCAAACGUCCACUCAUCAAAACUCGCAGGAUAUGGCGAUUCAAUCGAGACCGAGACAACAACCGUUUGGGACAACCAACUGAACAUUAGCCAAAUAACCACCGACAACGACCCCAAAACCCACUUCAUACUAUCCUACGACGUCCAGCAAGACAUCACCCUACCCGGAUUAGAGAAAACUUUGAACAUCAACAAACUGAGGAACGUAGACGCUUUCGACAAAGACAACAAAACCUUCACCAACGAAGUCAGCGGCAGCUGGACGCACACCGGAGGCCGCAGCAACGUCACAUUAAAGGUCGAAGAAAAGCUGGAACCCAAAACCGUCGACUUCAGCAACCCCCACAAACGGUCCGUGUUCCACUACGGCGUCGUCAUCCGCACGGACAUCAGCUCCGUCUACGACAAGGAAGCCAUCAACGUGGAGACCGUCCGCGCCGAACUGCCGACGUUGAAGGCAUUCCCGGGAGCCGGCGAGGGCCCCAUCGCCCUGUCGAACUCGACCGGAAUCGACGCGACGACGUGCGUCGGCACGCUCUGCGCCUCCACCACCGUGAAGGACAGCGACGUGAAGAGGUACGAGCCCUUCGGCAACGUCGUCGUCUACGCCACCAGGUACCUGGACUCCACCGUCGAGGCCCGCGAGAGCAAGGACGAGAACGGCAACACCGUGUACACGCGCGUCUCCACCAUCAACUUGGAUUACUACAUCUUGAUCGGUUUCAACAACCCGAAGUAGAGCGAAUAUCGUGACGGCAGUCAUGACUUUUUACGUUAUUAAUAAAUUUACGUACGUUU